AUGAAUCAAAGAUUGCCUGUGAAGCGCAGCAGAAAACAAAUAGUGGGUGUAAGUAAUACCCAGCCACUCUCAAAAUCAGAAUUGUCGAACGAUAAUAAAUCAGAUUUACCGAAAGCUGAAUCCAAAAGGGAUUAUUUAAAAGAAGAAUUAUUACAGUCUUCUCAUGAAGGAAAUGAAGAACCAAGCAAAAAGUUCCUAAGCCAUGACGCUAGUUUAGAGAGCGACGAAAGUCGGAUGUCUGACAAUGUACGACUAGAUAAAAUUGUAUCUGAUGAAUCGGAGGCUAAGACAGCGGUAAGUACAACAGAUUCUGCCGUUAGUAAUAACACAAAAAUGAGAGUGCUUUCGAGACGUAGAAGAAUACAAAUAGUGGCUGUAGAAGAACCUCAGCUUUCCUCGAAUACAGAAUUAUCUAAAGAUAUUAAAUCAGAAUUGUUAGAAAAUAAGGCCAGAUUGGAUCAUCUGAAGGAGCAAACAGUGGCGUCCGAUCCAGUAAGCCAAUUCGAAGAACAGGAUAAAAAAGAUCACUUCGAUAUUCCAGGGCAUGUGUCAGAUGAUAAAGCAGUCAUACCUUCAGGAACUUCAGAUAGUAGCCACACAAAUUUUAGACCACUUUUAAAGCGUAGAAGGUUACAUCAAAUUUUUAAUGAACCUGCAUCAUUCUCAAAAUCAGAUUUAUCGAGAUAUGAAGAAUCAAGUUCUGAAGGUAGAGGAAAGUCACAUUCAGAUGAAAGUAUUUUGUUAAAAAAUUUCAAUACUUGGGAAUCCACUAAGCCAAUUCAGGGGGCUGAUAAAAAUAUUAAUCUCACGGCUCAUGUUCCUUCAAAAGAAUUCGAAUCGCAGGACGAAAGUACAGACUGGGUAUCUCUUGAGGAGGUAGAAUCUUUGGAUGAAAGGAAAGCAAACCACUUAGCAUUAUCUGAAAAGCAUAAGGGAAACAAGGCUGAAUCUUAUACAAGAGAAACUGACAACGCACUUGAAAAGGAUCUUUUAUCACGGCGCAAUGAAUUCUUUAUCAAUAAACAAGCAGAAAGCAAAGCAUCUCUUUCUGAUUUUAACCAAGAAUAUGUAGAAGCUGAAGCAGAAGAAAAUUCUAGCGAGCAAGAUGAAGAUACUGCUAAUAUGAACUCUGUAAGUUAUGACUCAUUCAGAGAAUAUUCAUUAGAAUCUCUUCCAGAAGAAACGCAGGGAUGGAUUAAAUCUCAGUUUGACUCGGUCGUUCAGGAGCAACAUCAAAAUGAGGAGGCGAAUCAGAAUGAACAGUAUUUUUAUUUCACAGAAGUUGAUUCUAAUGCUCCAGAGUCUGAGGGCCUAAGUAAUAUCGCUCAGGUAAAACGCUCAGAGUAUUUUGAACAGUACAGGGAAAACGAUAUUAAAGAACAAGAUGAGGGGGAAGAGGUUUCGUACGAGUAUGUUACAAUCAGUCCUGAACAGAGACAGGAUAUUUUGAACCAGAAUGAGCAGUACUUUUAUUCAUAUGACAGUCUUCCAGAAGCAGGACAUUUUGAAGAGCCUGAUUAUAAUGUACCACAGUUUGAAGGGUAUGAAAAACAAGAUUUUCCAGCAAGCAAAUACGAAAAUGUUCUCUCAUUUGAUUUACCCAGAGACUACCCAUCGCAAACGGAAGCUGAUGAAACGCCUCAUGAAAUGAUUAAAAGACUGCAAGUAAUUCAAGAGGAUAUUGCACAUGGACGCUUUUCUUCUGUACCAAAUGAAGCAAUGGAAGAAUCUCCAACAAUCAAUACACCUUUAUUGGAGCCAACUUCGAGACGUAUAAUGUAUCACACGGAUGAAAGUGAAAUGCCACAGGUGAAAAUUCCAUAUGAAACUGUUUAUGUUUCAGAGGAUGGUCAAUUUUAUAACAUUUAUAGUCAACAAGGCGAAGAGGAAAAUGUUGAGUUCUACGAAGGAUCCAGCACACCGACCUUCUCUAAUGGAGCGGUUAUCCAAGGAGCAGAAAUAUCGCGAAGUGGUCGUACACUGGACCCAACUAUGCCAGGAUUGAUUUAUACUGGUUUAUAUGCAGCUUCAAAAUUAAAUUAUGAUUUUGGUAUACCUUUAGAAAAGGAAAUUCCACCCAACUCGCACAGCUUACAUGAUAUUCUUUAUGGAAACACUGAUGCAUCGAAUACCAGUCAUGUAGUAGAACCAAGCAUGCCACAGUUAGUUUACACAGGAUUGCGAGUUGCUUCCGAAGUAAAUUUUGAUUUCAAAGAUCCUUCCUUUGAAAUUGGCAAUAAUAAAAGCGAUUCUCAAGAACUAAAUGCAGAACUUUCUGUUCCAAAAGCUGCAGAAGACUCUAAAGCCUCUGAAACAUGGACUGAAACAAAUUCUGAGAUGGGAAGUUCUGUAGAUAUUGGCAUUGUUAAUUUUAAGCAGACAGAUGUGGGUUCAGCGGAAAAACCUAACAAAGAUGAUGAAUCAGAUGAAAAAGGCCGCAAUUCGGAGCUAAAGAUUGCACAUGCUUCUUCUGAUUUUGAAUUAACAGCAGUUAAUUAUACAGUAACCCAAACAGAAACUACCAAUUCGGAAUCCUCUGAAGUUGCAGCAAACCAGGAUAGUACUGAAACACCUGAAGAUAAUCAUGAUCAGAAGCAGGCCGUCAUAACAGAACAAGCUACUUCACAUGAUACCAACUAUGAUUCUGAUGCCUCAGCAAAUGCACCCCUGCACAAAGUAGGAACAUCUGUGGACAGUUUCGAUAGCUCAUCACAGAAAGUACUUGAAGAUUCUCUAGAUUCUUUAAAUUUCAAAGAUGAUAUUUCGGAUGAAGAAUUUUAUGCAUUGUUAACUCAAAUAGCAUCGGCAGAUCCAAACUCUGAACUACAUUCGUCCUCAAAAGAAACACAUACAAGCUCUUCUGGUAAAACUGGUGCUGACUUAAUUGGAACGAAUACCAAAGGGAAAACUAGCAAAACCCCUGAAAUGAGUUCUCACUUGGAUGGCAGUGCUGUUAAAGUUCCAAAUGAAGAAAAAUUAAAAUCGACAAGAAAAAUAGAUAGCUCGAGUAUGCCAAGUGAAAUGAUGUAUUUGAACAACCCAGGCUCUUCCAGCUUUCAAGCAUACAGUCAAUUCUCUGGCUUUCCUACUGGCUAUCAACAGUUUUCCCCCAGUAAUGCUUUCAGUUCUCCAGCGCAAGCUAACUUGAAAACCAUUCCGAAGAAACCUAGAAGAUCGUAUUCAAGGAAAACUCCUAGCCCUACUAACUUUUCAAAACUGAAAUCUUUUGCAAACAAAUUACUUUCAAUGAAAACAUCAGCAUUCAGUGUAUUUGAAUAA